CCAUUCACAAACUUCAUCCAUCUCCAACAAACGUUAACCAACAGCUUCAGCAAUAACAACAACAAAACCUUCUCUCUUUUCUCAUCAAAUGGAAGAAAUCGACGUUCCAUCAUUCUUUAUCUGCCCAAUUUCUCUGCAAAUAAUGAAAGAUCCGGUGACCAUCUCGACGGGGAUAACCUACGACAGGGAGAGCAUCGAGAAGUGGCUGUUCUCGAGCAAGAACAACACCUGCCCCGUAACGAAACAAGUAGUUUCCGACCCCGACUUAACCCCCAACCACACUCUCCGGCGGUUGCUCCAAGCUUGGUGCACGCUCAACGCUUCUCGCGGCGUCGAAAGAAUCCCAACUCCAAAGCCUCCAGUCAGCAAAGCUCAAAUCUCCAAGUUAUUAAACGACGCCCCGAAGUCGCCACAGUCCAUCACAAAAUGCAUCCACAGGCUUAGAUCCAUCGCCUCCGAGAGCGAGGCCAACAAAAGAUCCAUGGAAUCCGUAGGCGCAGUUGAGUUCUUGGCUUCGAUACUCCUUAAAGGAGAUAGUGAACAGCAGGCAGAAGCACUGAGCGUCCUCUACAAUCUCCAAGUCUCGGAAUCCGCACUCCGGAGUCUUCUAGGCAAAGAGAGCGAGCUCAUCGAGUCGUUGGUGAGGCUCAUCCAAAGCAGCACCUACGAGUCGAGAGCUUACGCCGUAAUAAUUCUGAGAUCGAUGUUCGAAGUCGCCGAUACAAUGAAGAUGAUCAACUUGAGACCCGAGUUCUUCUCCGGAGUACUCCAGGUCUUGAGAGAUCAGAUUUCCCAGCAGGCCUCAAAAGCCACAUUGCAACUGUUGAUCAAGGUCUGUCCUUGGGGGAGAAACCGAAUCAAGGCCGUGGAAGCCGGAGCCGUUAAUGUCUUGAUCGAGCUCCUUCUGGAUGCUUCUCCCGACAGAAGGACUCACGAGAUGGCAAUGAUGGUGCUCGACAUGGUGUGUAGCUCGGCCGAGGGCCGAGCCGAGCUCCUCAAGCACGGGGCUGGGCUUGCGGUGGUUUCGAAGAAGAUAAUGAGGGUUUCGAAGGUGGCAAGCGAGAGGGCGGUGAGGAUUCUGUUCUCGAUUUGCAAAUUCUCCGCGACGACCAAUGUUUUGCAAGAAAUGCUGCAGCUGGGUGUGGUGGCAAAGCUUUGCUUGGUGCUUCAAGUGGACAGUGGGAGCAAGACCAAGGAAAAGGCUCAAGAGAUCUUGAAAAUGCAUGCAAAGACAUGGAGGAACUCUACUUGUAUACCAAAAAAUUUGAUUUCUUCUUAUCCUUCUUGAGUUUUCAGAGAAGCUAACCUAAUUAGUUUCUCAUUUUAUCGACUUCUUCACCUUUUUGUGUACAUAAUUGAUUGAUUAUACGAUUAGACCAAUUAAUGAUUAUGAAUUAUAGCUCCA